GGGACCCAAAAAAACAAAAAAAGAAAAAAAAAAAGAAAACGGGAACCCGGUCGGCGAGCUGCUGAUCCAGCCGCUCAUCGUAUUCCUCUUUUUCCGUGUCUGAUGGACAGUGGGGUGGAGAUCAGCUCAUCCUAGGGACUUGCAGAAAGACGUGGAAGCUGACUCUCCGUGGUGUGCCGCUCGGCUUUCCUUUCCUCCCCGCGCGCACCGUGGCAGGGAGAGCGAUGGUGUUGCAGCGACCGAUGCCAUGACCCUCCGGCCUCCACUUUAAGAAGAAGAAUGUACCAUCUAGCAAAGUCACUCUACUUUUAUGCUACAAGUAGAGAAGAAUACUCCGUCCUCCUCCUCGGCCUGGACAACGCCGGAAAGACCACGCUUCUCAACCAGAUAAAGACCCUCUACCUCCCUUCCCCAAACACCGAUGACCCCCGCAGAUCAGACGUCGGGAGGACCGUCCCCACCGUCGGGCAGAAUGUCGCCACCAUUCCUCUGCAGGACAUGUACUUGAAGAUCUGGGACGUCGGCGGCCAGAUCUCCAUGCGAGGCCUGUGGCAGAGCUACUACACCAGCUGCCACGCCAUCAUCUUCGUCGUCGACAGCGCUGACGUCGGGGACGACGCGGACGUCUCUCGUCUGGGCUCCUCGAAAGCAUCGGAUCCUUCCGCCCAUGAUCCCGAACCCGCUGACGAACGACUGAAAGCCAUAGACCCCGCGGGCAACUUUGGUCGGCUCAACGAGUGCCGGCAGGUUCUGGAAUCCGUUUUGCAGCACUCUGAUGCCAUCGGCGUACCCAUCCUCGUUCUCGCAAACAAGCAGGAUAGGGAGGACUGUGUCGAGGUGGUCCGUAUCAAAGAGGGAUUCGUGCGAAAGGUAUUCGAGGGUGAGGAAGGCGGUGGUGUGCGAGACAGCAGAGUUUUGCCCGUCAGCGCUCUCAUGGGCGCUGGAGUCCGGGAAGCCGUGGAAUGGGUACGCAGCCGCGUGAGGUGGAAUAAAGAGACGAGGCCGCCGGUGAUGAGAUAGUAGUAAAUAUAAAUAUACCCAGGCGUUGAUUGCUUUUCUUUGUACCAGCCAGCCUCCAGUGGAGCUUCUUUUGUCAGCCCACUGAUUUCCUUCAGCAGAUAGAG